ACGAAUGCCCUCCUUUUCCUUCCUUUCUUUCCCUCCUUACGAAACGACGCUCUUAAUGUCGAUGCCGUUGGUGUGAAAGCAUCUUCCCUCCGAGCUUUCGUCCUUGUUUUCUGCAUAUCCCACCCACCGCUUCACUCAUUUAGCGGGCAUUCGUUUUCCUGACGACAUCACGAAAAUCAAAAUAGCCGUCCGUAUUUUGAAUUCGCAGCUACCGGCAGUCCAUUCGAGCUCGAUUCUAGGGAGUUAAUUCUAAAGAGACGGGAAUCAUGAAGGCCACCCUUGCUGUGGCUGCGGCUGCCGCCCUUGCUGGCGGCGUCAACGCCGGCAGCGUCCACCACAGGCACGCACACAAUGCCGUGCGCGUCGCCCUCGAGAAGAAGGACUACAACAACGAGACCUGCGGCUGCACCACCAUCUACAAGACCUUCUAUGGUGAACCUACUCUCUUAUUCCCUCCUGUUCCGGCCACCACGGCAGCGCCUCCGCCUCCGCCAGUGACCACCGCCACGGAGACUGCUGUCGUGGUCCCGACCCCGAUCGCUCAGACUUGCUCGACGACGGGUGUGUACACGUUCCCGCCUCACACCGUCACCUUGACCGAGUCUACCACCGUCUUGGUCCCCUCAACUACUGCUGUUCCCAGCGGUAGCCACGUAAUCGGCGGUGUCACGACUAUUGUUACGACUGCCACCACCAUCACCUGCCCGUACGCUACGGUCUCGACGAGCGAGGGUGUGGUCACCAGCGUCGUCGCGACAACUACUUACGUCUGCCCGUCCGCUGGCACUUACACCAUCGCUCCCACCACGACUUCGGUUGACAAGUCUACCGUCUUGACCGUACCAGUUGUCACCGAGUACCCCCCUGGCACCUACACCCAACCCGAGGUCGUGACGACUGUCACCGAGACCAACACCGUCAUCUUCUGCCCCUUUGACAUCCCCACCCCUACCGCCAAGACCACCCCACACGUCCUCACGUACCCGGCGGAGACUCCCAAGACCACGGCAGUGAUUGUCCCAACCGCUCCGUCUUACCCCGAUGCUCCGUCUUCUCUGAAAGCCCCGAAUACCCCGGCCGUUCCGACCUCCCCUACUUCUCCCUCCAAGCCGAAGGCCACCGGUUCCCUGGGUGGCGAGCCUGGUAAGCCAUGGGGUAUCUCCUACACUCCCUACGGGACCGGCGAGGAUGGUGGGUGUAAGACCCGGGAGGAGGUUGACAAGGACAUUGCCGCUAUUGCCAGCGCUGGUGUCAAGACUGUCCGCGUCUACUCGACCGAUUGCGACACCCUCCCGAAUGUCGGUGAUGCUGUUCGCAAGUACGGCCUGCGUAUCAUCCUCGGCGUCUUCAUUGACGCGCCUGGUUGCACUGCCCGCAACCCCAGCGUCGCUGAGCAGAUUGGCGCCAUCAAGAGCUGGGCCCAGUGGGAUAUUGUCGAUCUCAUCUCCAUCGGAAACGAGGCUGUGUUCCACGGAUACUGCGAGCCCUCGCAGCUUGCUGGUCUCAUCAACCAAUGCAAGGGUGAAUUCAGCGGCUACACCGGAAGGUACACCACUGCUGAGACGAUCAACAUCUGGCAGCAGCCCAAUUUCUCCUCGGCCGUCUGCGGUGUCGUCGACGUUGCUGGUGCCAAUGCUCACGCCUACUUCAACACCGAGACCGACGCGUCGCAGGCCGGCCAGUUCGUCAAGGGCCAGCUCGACCUCGUCAGCUCCAUCUGCGGCAAUGGCAACGUCCCCGGUAUUAUUCUCGAGACCGGCUGGCCGUCGGCCGGCAAUGCGAUGGGUCUGGCCGUCCCCGGUGAGAGCCAGCAACGGAUUGCCGUCUCCAGCAUCGUGAAGGAGUGCGGUGAUCGGGCCGUCAUGUUCAGCUUGACCAAUGACAAGUGGAAGGAUCCCAACACGGCCUGCGCCUGUGAGCAGAACUUCGGCCUGGCCAAGGUCCUGGGCAUCAACAUCUAAAAAAAAUAGUAGUGCAACUACCUUGCCUCCCCCCCCCCUCAAUGUACACACGCGCGCUCGUGAAUUAUAAAGAGCGCCAAACUUUUGUAUAUUGCCACGUCU